AUGAAAGAAGAAGGGCUGCUGCAGCCUCGCAGCUCUUUGGAUUCAUCAGGCAGCGUUUAUACAGACUCCAGCAGAGGCCAGAUUCAUGCAGAAACCCGAUCGAACGUGCAGAACGUUUCAGCGGGGGGCGGCAGCACUGCCGAGGUAAAUGGUGAAAGAGGAAGCUCCUCGGAAAUAGAUAGCAACAAGUCACAUGCGCUUAGCGCUCGAUAUGUCUCAUACUUGGGCUGCAUCAAAGACAACUGGUCCUCCUGCCACGCAGCGAAACUGCUUGAUGAGAAUCUCAUCGCCUAUCUCCGCCCCCGAUUCGUGCUGCUCUCGACCCCUCUGAAAGUUCGUGUACUGACCUCGUUUCUUUAUAUCAAACCCGACCUCCGAGAAAGGUGCAGCGAUACUCUCAGCGAAAUAACGAAGGAAGGAGAAACGGACCCCAACGAAUGGGUCAAGAAACUCAGCCGCAUCCUGAUUCCGUACAUCACAAGCGGCAGGAUCGACUUGCGGGAGACAGACACUGAGACGGCUUUUAGGAUUAUUAAUUUUCUGGAUGAGCAAAAAGCGCUGAACCCCCAGCAGGGACCGUACCGGCAGAAAGCAGGCCUGGAGGAGCAGCACAUGUGUGAACCGCAUACAGAAAUUGAGACUGCUGCGGCUGUUGCAGCGGCAGCUAGCAGCGAGGAUCCUCUGUUGCAUUUGCUGCAGCUACCACAGAAAGGAGUGCUGGAAAUGACUCUGUUCAACGCCCGGGACAGUUUCGACAACGUGCUUAAAGGCGCAUUCGAGUGCCUCUCCCUGUUGUAA